UUUUCCCUCCCCCAACGGCGCGCCAGCUGUGGCCGGCGCAGAGUAGUGCUCGGGCCGGGCGUCGCCUCCCGCCUCCCGCCUCCCGCCGCCCGCGUCGCCCUCGCCGCCGUUGGGCCGCGCCGCGCCGCCAUGUCGGGCCCCGGACCGCGGGAGCCGCCGCCGGAGGCAGGCGCGGCAGGCGGCGAGGCGGGCGUCGAGGGCGCGGGCGGCGGGGACGCGGCGCUGGGCGAGCCGGGGCUGAGCUUCACGACCACCGACCUGAGCCUGGUGGAGAUGACGGAGGUGGAGUACACGCAGCUGCAGCACAUCCUCUACUCGCACAUGGAGGCGGCGGCUGACGGCGAGCUCGAGACGCGCCUCAACUCGGCGCUGCUGGCGGCGGCGGGCCCGGGCGCAGGCGCGGGCGGCUUCGCGGCGGGCGGUCUGGGGGGCGCGGCGCCCGUGUACCCCGUGCUAUGCCCGUCCGCGCUGGCGGCCGACGCGCCCUGCCUGAGCCACAUCGACUUCCAGGAGCUGCGCAUGAUGCUGCUGAGCGAGGCGGGCGCGGCGGAGAAGACGUCUGGCAGCGGGGACGGAGCGAGGGCCCGGGCCGACGGCGCCGCCAAGGAGGGCGCGGGCGCGGCUGGACCCGAGGGCGCACCCGAGGCCCGGGCCAAGCCGGCCGUGCGCGUCCGCCUGGAGGACCGCUUCAACAGCAUCCCCGCCGAGCCGCCGCCCGCGCCGCGCGGCCCCGAGCCCCCCGAGCCGGGCGUGGCGCUCAACAAUUUGGUAGCUCUUAUUCGACAUCCAUCUGAAUUAAUGAAUGUUCCUCUUCAUCAGCAACAAAACAAAUGUACAACAUUAGUGAAAAAUAAAACUGCUGCUACAACUACUGCUUUGCAAUUUACAUACCCACUGUUUACUACAAAUGCUUGCUCUACUAGUGGAAAUUCUAAUGUUUCACAGACACAGAGUUCUAGUAACUCAUGUUCUAUACUUGAAGCUGCCAAGCACCAGGAUAUUGGAUUGCCUAGAGCAUUUUCUUUCUGUUAUCAGCAAGAAAUUGAAUCCACUAAACAGACGUUAGGUAGUAGGAACAAAGCUUUGCCUGAGCAAGUUUGGAUUAAAGUGGGAGAAGAAGCGCUAUGCAAACAAGCACUGAAGAGGAGUCGGAGUAGAAUGCGUCAGUUGGACACAAAUGUAGAGCGAAGAGCCCUUGGAGAGAUUCAGAAUGUGGGUGAAGGUGCCACCGCCACACAAGGCACUUGGCAGCCCUCGGAGUCCUCACAGGCAAACCUGGGGGAGCAGGCCCAGUGUGGGCCCCAGGGAGGAAGGUCUCAGCGUAGGGAGAGGCAUAACCGAAUGGAAAGAGAUAGAAGGCGCAGAAUCCGCAUUUGCUGUGAUGAGUUGAAUCUCUUAGUGCCGUUCUGCAAUGCUGAGACUGACAAGGCCACAACUCUGCAGUGGACCACAGCAUUCCUGAAAUACAUCCAGGAAAGACAUGGAGAUUCUCUUAAAAAGACGCAGAUUGAAGUGCGAUGCCAUCAGUACCAUGUGUUUGGCCUGGGCUCAGCUGAGGAGGACUAAAGGGAUCUGCCCUUCUCUUUCACAGCUGCCCCAACUCCCAGGAGACGGGUUGUGGGCGGGCCCUGCAAGGUCCAGAUGGAACCACAACUUAACCCUGCCUCUGCUCAACUGUUCAUAGUGAAGGCGGACGCCGGGACUAGCCUCAUCACUGUGUGAAAAUAGUUUAGAAGAUCUCGCGAGUGCCUGGUUAUGUCGUCUGAGGAUGAUUAUUUUCUUCCUUCCUUCCUUUUUUUUUUUUUUUUUUUUGAAAUUAUCUUCUUUUAAAUUUAGAUGGAUAAUUAAGAACGCUUCCAAUUUAAGGUUCUAAGCACAAACUCUAGAUACGUCAUGUAUGGACUUGCUUCCUGAAGAUGAAAUCAGCAGUUGAUGGAAAGAAUCCACAACAGGCCUACAGAACAGCAAAUCACAAAUGGUUGUCUCCAUGAAGCCAGGAGCUUUGCAUUUGAAAUUUCUAUCUGGGCUCAUUUCCAGCUGUUCAGGAUUCGGAUUCCUGAAGGCUUCCUCAGCAUUUAACUCAUUCUUUGUUGGCUGAAGGCACUGGGACUGUUUCUCCACACGCAAACUGAUCUUUGUCAUAAAUCACUUUUAUAAUGAGAGAGCAGCUAGGACACAUUGCCACGCCUUCCCCAUUCUCCAGCUCUUCCUUGGUGAUGGAGAAGUUAUCUCCACAUGGGCAGGGAAUACGUCUCCGAAUCCUCGUCAUAUUGAAAGUCCUCGAUUUCCACCUCGUCGUGAAAUACUGCCAUGGUCAGCGGGGGUCGCUGAAGGGGUGACGACCCGGCAGUCCAAGACCAGCUCCGAGCGUCUAACUUCGCCAGAGCCGGCCCAGGCUCUGACUUUCAUUUAAUUAUCCUAAAAGGUGAAUUCUGUCUUGCCAAAUAGGCAAGUGUUUUUUAUAUGUAGGCUUUAGGUGUCAGAAUAUAGGAAAUUAUCAAAAUGUGGGGUCAUCUUAAAUUGCAUCCUAAAACCUUUUAAAAUUUGAGAAGAAGCCGAGUAUCAUAGCUCACGCCUGUAAUCCCAGCACUUUGGGAGGCCGAGGUGGGUGGAUCACCUGAGGUCAGGAGUUCGAGACCAGCCUAGCCAACAUGAUGAAACCCCGUCUCUACUAAAAAUACAAAAAUUAGCCAGGCGUUGUGGCACAUGCCUGUAAUCCCAGCUACUCAGGAGGCUGAGGUGGGAGAAUCACUUGAACCCAGGAGGCAAAGGUUGCAGUGAGCCGAUAUCGUGCCAUUGCACCCCAGUCUGGGCGACAAGAGUGAAACUCCAUCUCAAAAAAAAAAAAAAAUUGGGAAGAAAAUGAGUAUAUUUAUAUGCAGGUGUAGAUUCUGAGUGUGCAUAGUAGUUGGAAAUGGCAGCUUGCUUGGUUGGAAAGUUGCUUAAAAGUGGAUGGGUGGAAUGUUACAGCCACUUCAGAUGAUUCGGAAGUUAAAUCCUUGGUGCUUAUGUCCUCCUGGACUUGAAUUAACUAUAAACUUAACUACAACUCAGCAACAAAAAGACUACACAGACUGGGAACCGUGGCUCCCACCUGUAAUCCCAGCACUUUGGGAGGCUGAGGUGGGUGGAUCACCUGUGGUCAGGAGUUUGAGACCAGCCUGGCCAACAUGGUGAAACCCCGUCUCUACUAAAAAUUAGCCGGGCGUUGUGGGGGGCGCCUGUAAUCCCAGCUAUUCAGGAGGCUGAGGCAGGAGAAUUGCUUGAACCCUGGGAGGCAGAGGUUGCAGUGAGCCGAGAUCAUGCCGUUACACUCCAGCCUGGGUGACAGAGUGAGACUCGGUCUCAAAAAAAAAAAAAACAGAAAAGAAAAAUGUUAAAAGCCAGGCGUGAUGGUGCGCACCUGUAGUCCCAGCUACUUGGGAGGCUGAGCCUGCAGUGAGCCGUGGAUGUGCCACUGCAUUCCAGCCUGAGAGAGCAAGACCCUGUCCAAGAAAAAGACAACACAACUCAAAAAUGGGCAAAGGACUUGAAUAGACAUUUCUCCAGAGAAGAUACACAGAUGGCCAAUAAGCCCAUGAAAAAUGCGCCAAGCUGUUAGUCAUUAGGGAAAUACAAAUCAAGACCCAACGAGAUACUACUUCACACAUACUAGGAUGGCUAUUUAAAAAAAAAAAAAAAAACCGACAAACAGAAAA